AUGUGCCUGACCACCUGGGUGCAGUUUCGCGACGACAAGCGGCCCUCCGUCUGGCGGGACAUUUCCAACCACGUCAAGCUCGAGUGGGCCGUGGCAGUUGGCGACAGAGCUUCAGGAUCCGAGCCGGAAGUGCUCGCCUUGAAGGACUGCCGCCGCAUCGCUCUCGAGGGACAGAGGCCGACGCAGAACAACAGCCCUUCCAUCAUCACGUGGGAGGGAAGAGUCGUGUCGCUCACGGUGAAGGAGGCCGAGGCCAUUCUGAAGGCCAGCAGGGAGUCCACGGCCCCGGCGGCACUUGGCAGCUUCGCCCUGCUGAAGGCAGGGUUGGGGGCCAUGCCGAACGUGCUGCUCGAAAAGAAAGUCCAAAGCUUCUUCGACGAUCCUGCGACCGGGCUCAUCCGAGUCAAGGACGUGCCGGUUCCAGAGAAGCUCAGCGCGAUCUUGCGGCCGUACCAGGCGACGGGUUACCACUGGUUGGUCAACAACGCCAGAAACGGUCUCGGAUGUAUCCUCGCGGAUGACAUGGGCUUGGGCAAGACUGUCCAGGCCAUCGCCCUCAUGCUUUUCCUGAAGAAGAGCCACAUGCUUGCACGGCCGAUGUUGGUCAUCGUCCCGACAGGCUUGCUCAGCAACUGGUCAAGGGAGCUGAAGAAAUGGGCCGGGGACGACCUGGCCUUUCAAGUGUUUCAUGGCAACUGCAAGAAGCUGCUGGCCAAUGCCCGUCCGACAGGGCGGCCUGCGGCGCAGGCGGCCAACUGGAUCUGCCCGCGCUGCGAGGAGCUGAACAAUACCUUGCGAGACGCCUGCAACAACUGCGGUGCCCCAAAGCCGCCGGGUGCUAUUGGUGCCGCUGGCGCCGCUGCCGGUGCCGCCAGGGCCGCCGCAGCUCCGAAGGCAGCCGGCAAAGGGAAGCGGGCGAGAGCGCUCCCUGAAGAGCAGAGCGCACACAUAAUGCUCACUUCGUAUGGCACUUUCCGGACCUCAGCGAAAAAUCUGAUGAAGGAGCAGCAGUUUGCGGGCAUCAUCUUGGACGAGGCGCAGAACAUCAAGAACCAUGGAACCCAGGUGGCCAAGCUAGUCAAGGAGAUGGCGGACUGCUGCGGGACGGUCCGCGUCGCUUUGAGCGGGACCCCGGUGGAGAACUCCCUGGCCGACCUCCACUCCUGCUUCGAGUUCAUCCUGCCAGGGUAUCUGGCGAACUCCAAAAGCGAAUUCACCAAGGAGUUCGCGAAGCCCCUUGCCGCGGCAGCCAGGAAGCAGGACCCUGUCCCUGAGGUCGCCGAGAAGCAGCGCUUACUGCAGCGGCUCAUACAGCCCUUUGUGAUGAGGCGGCUCAAGUCUGACAAGAAGAUCGCGGCCGACCUCCCAGACAAAGUCGAGCAGAACCACGACUGUGAGCUCUCGCCCGUGCAGGAGACGUGCUACCAGGCGCUCCAGGAGAAGGGCCAGAGAGAUGCCGAAGGAGUUCAGGGCAUCGAGCGGCGUGGCCAGGUCCUCGCCAUGCUCCACGCGCUCCGGAAGGUGUGCAACCAUCCGGCGUGUCUGGAUCCCGAGAAGUAUCCGCAGGGCACCGAGCAGAUCCCAAAGAGCUCCGACAUCGAGGCUAGUGGUAAGUGCGCGAAGCUACAUGAGCUCUUGCAUAGCAUCAUCGCGGCGGAGGAGAAGGUGCUUAUCUUUUCAACUUACCUGGCCACGAUCAGCCUUCUGAAGAGCCAGAUCGAGGAGAAUUUCAACAGCAAGGCACGCAACCGGGUCUUCGUUGGCUCAGGCAGCUGA